UUGUUUUCAUUACAUUUCAGACAAUCUGAUUCCGAAGUGUGUUAACGGCAGUGCUGAGAACCAAACAGUCGGCUGCAUCAGUAUGAACUGCACAGAGCCGACCCCGGCCCCGUCAGUGAGCCCCACCACAAACGCUACCAUCAAUGCUACCACAACAGCCCCCACCACAGCAGUUGUUCCAACUCAAAACAGCACCGUCACAAAUGUCACGUCUGCGUCUCCUACUCCCGCUCCUUCUCCUUCUCCAUCCAAAUCAUCCACAUUUGAUGCCGCCAGCUUCAUCGGUGGAAUUGUGUUAGUCCUUGGCCUUCAAGCUGUCAUCUUUUUCCUUUACAAGUUCUGCAAAUCCAAGGAUCGUAACUACCACACCCUGUAACACACUGCCACCUGGAGGCACCACACGGCACCACAAAACCCACAGUCCGACCCAAAAAAGAGACGGACACAUUGUACUCACAGAUUUUUAAAUACUCUUGUAAUUCCCCAUGUUUAACCUCAUAUUUGACAUUUAAUUCCUGUGACUUGAGCUUUGGUUUGUUAACGUUAGAGCUCUCACAAGCACUCGAGUUCAUUAACACAAAUACACCCAACACAGAGUAAAUAUGCAUUGUGGGGAAUGCGAAAUGUGUCCUGCUUUCGUGUACAACCACAGCUGUCCGUAAAUGUUUUAUUAUAUGACAACAGCGAUUUGUCUCCUCAAUAUCAUGGUGGUUCCCCUGAAAGGCAUGAGAGGGAGCAACUUCUCAUCAUGCCUCUGACAAUACUUCCCAACUUCCAGUGUUAAUUUCAGGUAAAUUUACUAGAACAGUAUUUUAUAUAGUUGCCAUGACUGAUGGUUCUCAAUAUUCCACCAAGUCUUUCAUCAUCACCAUGUUCAAAAAUAUAUCUAUAUAGUUCAAGACUGAAUGAACAAAGUUUUUCCCAUUCAUUUCAAAUUUGUUUUGAAUUUUCAUCACAUAGUCCUUUGGGUUGUAUCUGUCCGUGUGUGGUGUGUGAUUUUAAUACCCCCCCCCCGCCCCCCCG